AGUAUUAGUGACAAGUCUGUCAUUGUGGAAGGUCAAAUUAUUAACAGUGGAAACACAGAUCCCAAAAAUUUCUUAUCAGUUUUGCAAAUUUCUACUACAAGAGCACACGGGCUCCAGUAAAAGUUACGCAGAAUUUUCAUUCAGCAUCAUCCUCAAAAACUAAACUGAUAAAAUGACUACCUAUUUCAACUACCCAUCGAAGGAGGUUCAGGAUGAACUCAGGAGGAUAGCUCAAGCAAUUGUAGCUCCUGGAAAGGGCAUCCUUGCUGCUGAUGAAUCUGUUGGAACCAUGGGCAAGCGUUUAGCUGACAUUGGUAUGGAGAACUCCGAUGAUGCUCGUCGUCAAUACCGUCAGCUGCUCUUUACCGCCGACGACAAACUGUCUGAGAACAUCUCAGGUGUUAUUCUCUUCCACGAGACUCUGUACCAGAAGGCUGACGAUGGAACUCCAUUUGUUGAUCUGCUGAAACGUAAAGGAAUUAUUCCCGGAAUUAAGGUGGACAAAGGCGUCGUUGACUUGUACGGAUCUGAAGGCGAAUGCACAACUCAAGGUCUUGAUGACUUGGGCGCACGCUGUGCACAGUACAAAAAGGAUGGAUGUGAUUUUGCCAAAUGGCGCUGUGUUCUGAAAAUUGGGAAGAACACACCGAGCUACCAAGCCAUUCUUGAAAAUGCUAAUGUAUUGGCCCGCUAUGCUUCCAUUUGCCAAUCCCAGAGAAUUGUUCCAAUUGUUGAGCCAGAAAUCUUGCCCGAUGGUGACCAUGAUUUGGAUAGAUGCCAGAAAGUGACCGAGACCGUGCUGGCGGCCGUCUACAAGGCCCUCAGUGAUCACCAUGUGUAUCUCGAGGGGACAUUGCUGAAGCCCAACAUGGUGACAGCCGGCCAGAGCUGCCCUCGCAAGUACACACCACAAGAGGUUGCUCUUGCUACUGUUACAGCUCUUAGGCGCACCGUACCAGCCGCCGUGCCCGGCGUCACAUUCUUGUCCGGCGGUCAGUCUGAAGAGGAGGCCUCUGUGAACUUGAAUGCAAUUAAUCAAGUGGAACUUCUACGGCCGUGGGCACUGACAUUCUCCUAUGGACGUGCUCUACAGGCGUCUGUAUUGCGUGCCUGGGGAGGCAAGAAAGAAAAUGUCGCUGCUGGACAGGGCGAACUCCUCAAACGCGCCAAGGCAAAUGGAUUGGCUUGUCAAGGAAAAUACGAAGCUGGUUCAAUUCCCUCGUUUGCGGCUACAACAAGUCUGUUCGUUAAAUCUCACGCAUACUGAAUACACAGAACCGAUGUAAUGGGGAAACAGAACGAGGAAAAGAUACCGAAAAUUUAUUUUAAAAUUCACUCUUGAGUGGAUUUUAUCAUUAAUUUGGAUACCAAAUUGGAUUACUGGCUGGAUCGGAAAAUUUUUACACCUGUUACAACACACAAAUUUUUCAGAUUGAAAACUUGUGACAAAACUUCUACAUUUUCAACACAACACAAUUUAUACAAGGAAGAUGAUACAUACCAAAAACUCAAAUCUGCAUUCCAUUGACGUAUCAUACACUUGCUGCCGUGUACAAUUUAUACAUAACACAAAAUACAAAAACAUAUUUUAGUUAUAUAUCACGUAUAUAGUUGAUUUUUUAUUAAAACUAUUUGUUUUUCUUUUUCUUGCUUGUAUAAUUGCUUACUUAAGUUCUUUGUUCAAAAAUUUUUAAAAUUUCAAAAUAUCCAAUUGGCUCCAAAUAUACAAAAUUUUUCUACAUAUAAAAA